AUGAGUAACAGUGGUGUUUAUACGUGUAAUUCAUGUGUGUUGAAGUUUGAUGCAAGUGAGGAACAGCGGGCUCACAUGAAGUCCGACUGGCAUCGUUACAAUUUGAAAAGACGUGUUGCUCAGUUACCACCAAUACCGUUUGAGACAUUCGAUUCGAAAGUGUCUGCUGCAGCUGCUAACAGCAAUGAAGUCGCUGGGAAAGAGAAGCCUGUUACCAAGAAGGAACUGAAAAGAAGAGAGAGGCAGGCGUUGCUUGAAAAGAAAACGAAACUACUGGAGAUUGCCAGGGCUAACAUGUUGGAGAACAUGCAAAAGAGUCAAGACGGAGAGGUUCUUGGUAUGAGCAAACUGUCUCUGCAAGAAAAAGAAGAGACUAAGGAAAAGAAGGAAGUCAAGGAAGAUGAGGAGCCUGAAGAAUUGACCGAGGAAGAAAUGGCGGAAAGAUUGAUGGAACAGAAACUGCGUAAUAAAGUGGACAUCCCCUUAGAACAGUGUUUGUUCUGCGAACAUAACAAGAACUUCGUCGACUUCGAAGAGAAUUUGGAACAUAUGUUCAGGACCCAUGGGUUUUACAUUCCAGAACAGAAAUUUUUAGUCAAUAAAUCGGGGUUGGUGAAGUACAUGUCCGAGAAGAUUGGUCUUGGUAACGUUUGUAUCGUCUGUAAUUUCCAAGGCAGAACGUUGACUGCGGUGAGACAACAUAUGUUGGCAAAGAGACAUUGUAAGAUCCCCUACGAAAUUGAAGACGAAAGGCUGGAAAUAUCCGAGUUUUACGAUUUCACAAGCUCAUAUGCAAGCUACAGUAACAACACAGCAGCGGGCAACGAAGAGGACUGGGAAGAUGUGGGCAGCGACGAAGCCGGCAGCGACGAUGAUGAACCACCACAGGAGUACUUAUACAACGACGGUACAGAAUUGCAUCUACCGACAGGCAUCAAAGUCGGUCACAGGUCCUUGCAAAGAUAUUACAAGCAAGACCUGAAGCCCGAGGUGAUACUGACCGAAGGCCAAGGUACUCUGGUCGCUGCGGAGACCAGGUCCUUCUUGCCCAUAUUCGACAAGCUGGGUGUGCAGACACAACAGCGUGUCUGGCAAACCGAGAGGUUCGACAAGAAGAGACUGGACAAGAGAAGCGCCAAGUUCGUCAACAACCAACCCUACUACAGAGACCAAUUGCUGCAAUGA